AUGUUGGAUGCCCUUAAUAGUCGCUGGAAGAUGAAGGAAAUUGACUCUGCAGUGUCAGUGGUGCCCUUUUGCACCGGAUCGUCGAGGUUUUCUUGUGAUGGCACAACAGUAUUCUGUGUGGUGCAUGGCCCUCUGGAUAGUGUUCACAGGAACAGCGAUCCCUUGAAAGCAGCUCUGGAUGUUAGAUGGAAAGACUCGGUAGUUAUAAAUGGAAGAAUAUACGACAAAUACUUCUCAAGUGUUAUGACGAGUAUUUUGUCGAAGUAUGUUAUUCUUGAAUUGGAUGGCGGGAAAACAAUCCAAUUAGCAUUGAAUGCAGCAGGAAGUACAAGGAACACGUUGUUUUGUGCGGUGAAUGCUGCAUUGCUGGCGUUGGUGGACUCUGGCAUUCCAUUGAGGACGAUGUUUUAUGCAAGUAGCUCGUUUGGCUAUGAAGAGGAGGUUUUUGUAUUUGAUGCUGAUGGAAAGAUAUCAUUUGGACACUCAUUUGGACCGAUUGAGGAUUCGAGCAUCAAAAAUGCCAGCAGCUUGCUUGGAUAUGUCAAGGAUGCCCAGAGAUUUGCAUUGAAACCAAAGUUUUCGUUAGCUGAUGGCUGA